AUGAAAAAUUAUACAGCAAUAACAACAUUCAUCCUGGUGGGACUAACGGAUGAUCCAAAUCUACAGAUCCUGCUUUUUAUCUUUUUGUUUCUAACCUACUUGUUGAGUGUCGCUGGGAAUCUGACCAUUAUCACUCUCACCUUGGUGGAUUCCCACCUUAAAACACCCAUGUACUUUUUCCUCCGCAAUUUCUCCAUCUUGGAAGUGUCAUUUACAACCGUGUGCAUUCCCAGAUUCCUCUACACGAUGGCAUCUGGGGACAAUACUGUCACCUAUAAUGCAUGUGCCACUCAAUUAUUUUUUGUUGUCAUCCUGGGUGUGACUGAGUUUUUCCUCCUGACGGCCAUGUCCUAUGACCGCUAUGUAGCCAUCUGCAAGCCCCUGCAUUACAUGACCAUCAUGAACAACAGAGUUUGCAUCAAGUUCCUCAUUGGCUGUUGUGUGAUUGCUCUAAUCAUCGUCAUCCCGCCAUUUGGCAUGGGCUUUGAGCUCCAGUUUUGUGACUCCAAUGUCAUAGAUCACUUUGGCUGUGAUGCUGCCCCCAUCCUGAAGAUUACCUGCUCUGACACAGAGUUUAUAGAGCGCUUUGUCUUAAUCCUGGCUGUGCUGACACUCCUGUUCACCUUGGUGUGUGUGAUUCUGUCCUACACAUACAUUAUUAGGACCAUUCUCAGAUUCCCUUCUGCCCAGCAAAGGAAAAAAGCUUUUUCCACUUGUUCUUCCCAUAUAAUUGUGGUUUCUAUCACAUAUGGAAGCUGCAUCUUCAUCUAUGUUAAACCAAAUGCAAAGGAAGGGGUCGCUAUCAAUAAGGUGGUGUCAGUGCUCACCACCUCAGUUGCCCCAGUCAUGAAUCCCUUCAUUUACACUCUGAGGAACAAGCAAGUGAUACAAGCUUUCAAAGACAUGAUCAAAAGGGUUGCAUCUAUCUCAAAGAGCUAA